GAGAGAACACACCUCGUGACACUUUCAACCAUCAAAUUUCAUCCAUUUAGCAAAAGCAUCCACAAAAAUGGCAGCCAUGCUUCAAUUUCUCUUCACUCCAUUUUCAAGGGAAAUUCGAGGAAUUUAAGACCAAACCCACUUCACAUCAUCCCAAUCAGAACGGGGAAACAGCCGCAACCGUCAAGGUCUUUAGUUGUUGUGAACUAAGCGGCGAAAACCCAAGUUUCAGUUCCGGUUUCUAAUGUCCGGUUUCGAUUGGAUAACCUUGGACCUCAGCCAGGGUCGAGAAAGAAAGGAAAGCGAAAGGGGAGAGGUAUAUCGGCCGGACAAGCUGGCAGCUGUGGGUUUGGGAUGAGGGGUCAGAAAUCACGGUCUGGUCCGGGUGUUAGAAAAGGGUUCGAAGGUGGCCAAAUGUCGCUUUAUAGGCGUAUCCCCAAAUUGAGAGGCAUUGCUGGAGGUAUGCAUGCGGGAUUACCUAAAUACAUCCCGAUUAACUUGAAAGACAUAGAAACAGCGGAAUUUCAAGAGCAUGAUGAGGUAUCAUUGGAAACUUUGAAGGAGAAGGGUUUGAUCAACCCAUCAGGCAGAGAGAGGAAACUCCCUUUAAAGAUUCUCGGUGAUGGGGAGCUUAACGUUAAACUGAACUUCAAGGCCCGUGCCUUCUCAUCAUCUGCAAAAGAAAAGCUCGAGGCAGCUGGUUCCUCACUCACCGUGUUGCCUGGCCGGAAGAAGUGGGUUAAGCCAUCGGUUGCCAAGAACCUUGCAAGAGCUGAAGAGUACUUUGCCAAGAAGAGGGCAGCCGCCACGGAAACCGAGUCAACGUCUGCAUGAAGGGUAUGUAUUGAUUUG